CUCAGCUCCCCGCACAGUCAGCUGAAAUCCAGAGCUCGGCUCAGAACCUCAGUGAGGGGAAGCAGACAUAACGCAGCGGGCUCAGCCGGGAAACACCACCAGACUCAGCAAUGCCGCGGAAUUUUUGGCCAUGAAACACAAACUUCAAGUGGCAAAAGAGAGAGAAAUAUUGCCUGAGGAUGCAGGAAUACUUGAAACCUUUCUCCUAACUUUGCUUUGUUGAAAGUCUUUUCAUAUUCUGUUGCAAGUGACACAACACAGGGACAAUCUAUCUCUCAAGGCAGCCUGUCUGUAGUGGAUCAUGCCCCCUAGAUAGCAGCCUCGUCUUCCUCUCCACUCCCCCUCCCUGCCCCUUGGCCCCCCCCCCUCUACCUUCCUGGUCCAGCACUACCACUGCCACCUGUGCCAACACAGCCACCAUGCCCCCCAGGAAAAGGACGCGACCGGGCCUUGGCUUUUUGUGCUGCUUUGGCAGUAGCGAGCCCCCGGAGAUCAACCUAAAGGAUAGUGUGCCGCUACAGCUGCUGGAGUUCAGUGCACCUAUGCCGCCUGCUGAGGAGCUGCAUGCACGUUUUUCUGAGCUGGUGGAUGAACUGGACCUCACAGACAAGAACCGGGAGGCCAUGUUUGCUCUGCCAGAUGAGAAGAAAUGGCAGAUCUACUGCAGCAAAAAGAAGGAACAAGAGGACCCGAACAAGCUGGCCACCAGCUGGCCCGACUACUACAUUGACCGCAUCAACUCCAUGGCUGCUAUGCAGACCUUGUUUGCUUUCGAUGAAGAGGAAAUGGAAAUGAGGAACAAAGUGGUGGAGGACCUGAAGACAGCACUUCGAACUCAGCCAAUGAGGUUUGUCACUCGCUUCAUCGAGCUUGACGGCCUCACCUGCCUUCUCAACUUCCUGCGCAGCAUGGACUACGAGACGUCCGAGAGCCGCGUCCACACCUCGGUCAUCGGUUGCAUCAAAGCUCUGAUGAACAACUCCCAGGGCCGCGCCCACGUCCUGGCCCACCCACAGAGCAUCAACACCAUCUCACAGAGCCUGCGGACGGAGAAUAUCAAGACCAAAGUGGCGGUGCUGGAGAUUCUGGGGGCGGUGUGCCUGGUGCCCGAUGGACACAAGAAGGUGCUGCAGGCCAUGGCACACUACCAGAAGUACGCUGCUGAGAGGACCCGCUUCCAGACACUGUUGAAUGAGCUGGACAGAAGUACAGGCCGCUACAGAGACGAGGUCAACCUAAAGACAGCCAUCAUGUCCUUCAUCAAUGCUGUGCUCAACGCUGGAGCUGGGGAGGACAACCUGGAGUUCCGCCUCCAUCUAAGGUACGAAUUUCUAAUGUUGGGCAUCCAGCCGGUCAUUGACAAGCUCCGAGAGCAUGAGAACGCCACGUUGGAUAGACAUUUGGACUUCUUUGAGAUGGUGCGGAAUGAGGAUGACUCUGAACUAGCCAAAAGAUUUGAUAUGAACCAUGUAGAUACUAAGAGUGCUGGUGCCAUGUUUGAGUUGAUCAAGAAGAAGCUGAGCCACACGGACUCCUACCCACACCUCCUCUCCAUCCUCCAUCACUGCCUGCAGAUGCCAUAUAAGCGUGGUGGUGGCAGCCUGCAGCACUGGCAGCUCUUAGACCGGAUCCUCCAGCAGCUAGUCCUUCAGGACGACAAAGGAGAGGACCCCGAUGUUGCUCCUCUGGACAACUUUAGUGUUAAGAACAUUAUUCGUAUCCAAAGCUACCAUCGAUGCUCAAGGCUGGUAAAUGAGAAUGAGGUGAAACAGUGGCGAGACCAGGCAGAAAAGUUCAGGAAAGAUCACGUAGAGCUGCUAGGUAAACUGGAGAAAAAGGAACGGGAGUGUGACACCAAGACUCAGGAGAAGGAGGAGAUGAUGAAGACUUUGAACAAGAUGAAGGACAAACUCCAGCGUGAGGGUGUAGAGUUACGCUCAGCCAGGGAACAAGUCCUGGACCUGUCUUCACGCAUCACUGACAUAGCUCAGUCUGGUAGCGUCUCUUUCCCGCCGCCUCCUCCCCCUCCCGGCGGUCCUGCGGCUCCACCUCCUCCACCUAUGAUGGGUGGUUUUCCUCCGCCUCCUCCGCCAUUACCUGUCAGCUGUCCGCCUCCUCCGCCGCCACCUCCGCCACCUGGAGCACCGCCUCCCCCACCGGGAGCCCCGCCCCUUUUCGGAGUACCGCCUCCUCCUAUUCCCUCUUCCUUCAAUUCAGCGAACACUCUGCGCUCCAAGUCCAUUCCUCAGCCGUCUCAUCCUCUGAAGUCCUUUAACUGGUCUAAAAUAGGAGAGAAUAUGAUCAAUGGCACCAUCUGGCAUGACAUUGAUGACCUGCGAGCUUUCAAGAUUCUCGACCUCAAGGACAUAGAGAAGAUGUUUUCAGCCUAUCAGAGGCAGCAGGACCUGCUCACUAACCAAUCCUUCAAACAGAAAGAGACAGGCUCUAUGGAUGAUAUAUACGUCAGCACAAGGAAGGUCAAAGAGCUGUCAGUCAUCGACGGCAGACGUGCACAGAACUGUGUUAUCCUGCUUUCAAAGUUAAAAAUGAGCAAUGAAGAAAUUAGGAGGGCGAUCCUGGAGAUGGACGAGAGAGAAGAACUGGCCAAAGAUAUGCUAGAGCAGCUGCUGAAGUUUGUCCCUGAGAAAAGCGACAUCGACCUCUUGGAGGAGCACAAACAUGAGCUGGAGCGAAUGGCCCGGGCAGAUCGCUUCCUCUUUGAAAUGAGCAGAAUUGACCACUACCAGCAAAGACUGCAGGCUCUUUUCUUUAAGAAGAAGUUUGCAGAGCGUCUAGCUGAAGCCAAGCCGAAAGUUGAAGCCAUCCUGAAUGCUUCCAAGGAGGUGGUUCGGAGCAAGCGGCUGACUCAGAUCCUGGAGGUGGUGCUGGCCUUCGGCAACUUCAUGAACAAAGGCCAGAGAGGAAACGCCUACGGCUUCAAGGUCUCCAGCCUCAACAAAAUCGCUGACACCAAGUCCAGCAUAGACAGGAAUAUUACCAUGUUGCACUACCUGAUCAUGAUCUUUGAGAAGAACUACCCUGACACGCUGCAUAUCCAGGGAGACCUCAGUAGUGUACCUGAAGCCGCCAAAGUCAAUUUGUCAGAGUUGGAAAAAGAAGUUCACAACAUCAAAAGUGGACUGAAGGCUCUUGAGGCGGAGCUACACUACCAGCAGAGCAGGACAAGGGAACGUGGAGACAAGUUUGUGGCAGUGAUUGGAGACUUCAUCACUGUUGCCGGUUUCAGCUUCUCUGAACUGGAGGACCAGCUGAGUGAAGCCAAGGACAAGUUUGCCAAAUCUCUGAAGCACUUUGGGGAGGAAGAAGGGAGGAUGCAGCCUGACGAGUUCUUUGGAAUCUUCGACACCUUCCUGCAAUCGUUCAGCGAAGCUCGGCAAGACCUAGAGAACAUGCAGAGACGCAAGGAUGAGGAGGAGAGGAGGGCACGAAUGGAGGCCAUGCUCAAGGAGCAGAGGGAGCGGGAACGACGGUCCAAGAAGAGUGGUGCGUCAGAUGAGGUCAGCGGGGAGUUCGAUGACCUGGUGUCAGCGUUGCGUUCCGGUGAGGUCUUCGACAAGGACCUGAACAAGUUCAAGCGUAACCGCAAGCGCUCCGUCCCUCAGCUGGUGGAGGGCGGAGGCCGCGAACGAGCCGUCACUAAGGUCAACUACUAGACACAGAAGGAAAAAGAACAGAAAAACUUUAGGCACCUAAACUCCGCCGUGGUGAUCUCUUAACACCUUUAGUCCAGGUCCUUGAUCUGUGACCAGGCCGUCAGUGACAUUAAAGGAUGUACAGUAAAUAAAUAACGACCGGACUGGAUGUGUGUGGACAGCCACGCCGUUUGAAGGAUGCAAAUUCUCCUCUGAUUGGUCUCGUGAAGCUGUUUGUCCCGGAUGUUGUCAUGAACUGUUUUCUCCUGAGCUGGACGCAGGACGGCUGGGACUGAUGGACAGAUGGACGGACCACUGUGACAAAUUAUCCCAUGUCUUUUGACCAUAUUCUUUCAACACUGUGCUCGAGUUUCCCAUCAUCACCUCUCACUGCUAUAUUUUCCCAUAACCCCUGGAGUGGGUUGAUCACAGACAUUGGGAUUAAUCAGUCAUACUGUACAUAGACACAAGGGCCAAAAGCACAGAAAGAAGAGCAAUGACAGAGUCCAGGGCAGAUCAAAAUAUCAGAAAAGAAGACGAAGAAGUGGAAAAAAUGGAUCUCUUCACAGUCAGGGUUGCCUCAAAUGUCCCUAAGAAAAGACACAGAACAGAUGGAUAUGAACUUCCACUGCAUCAACACUCCCAGAAUGCUUUGCAGGCCACUGAAAGGAAGCGAAAGAUUAGAAAAACAAAACGGUGUCAGGAGUCAUCCCAGUGGCCCCCUCCAGCACACAGCAUUCCCAGGGUACAUUUUUCAGAGAAUCCCUCAAACCACCGUCUGGGCUCGAACCCACCUGACACAGGGAGAGAACGGUGCCACAAGGGUCGAGUAUCACCUCCACUCACCAAUGAUUCAGCAUUGUUCUGGCAUCAACUAGUGCCAAAGCAAAAAGAAAACAAAUGUAAAUGUAUUAAUACAAAACAUACUGCAAUUAGGCGUUUAUACAGUAUAUAUAUAUAAAUAUAUAUAUAUUUAUAUUUAGAUGCAGACAAGCUAAUUGCAAAGAUGUAGAGGUUUUUCUAUGUUUUCAUGGCAUUUUUUUGGGUUUUGUACACGCAAUGCAUUAUUUGUUGGUGUUGCAAGUUCACAUUGCUGUUGAAGUGAAUUUCUAUACAUUUUGCGCUUUAUGUAAAAAGGUAACUGCUUGUCCUUUUCACACCUUUGCACUGUAGCUUUUUUUUUCUGAGAAACUUUACUUAAACUUCCUCACGCAACGUAAACCUGACCUUGUCCUCUGGAAAACAUCCACUCUGUUAUUUUUAAUUAGCUGUAGUUUGAAUGAA